UCGCUCGUUCGGUUAAGAACGUUGGUUAGAGUUGAGCCCUAGUAUCAGUGGCUGUGUAGGUUCUUUGGCCGGUUGUUUGCAUGUUUCCACGGAGAUAGCAGUUUUGGAUACUGUUCAAUUCGUCCCCAUUUUCGCUGGUGUUUUUUCCACUGUGAACAGGAAAUCCACCGAACCAAAGCAUACCAUUCAGUAUUCAGUUGUUUGGGGGAAAAUAAAAAAAAACACAGAGAGAAAGCCGGUCGAUGGCAGUUUGUUGAUUCGGUACUGGGGCUUCGAUACAACAAUAGCACUGGAAGUGAUCAGUGGAGUGUAACGAGAGGCCUGUCCUGAGACGGGGAAGUUUUUGUUGUUCCUCAGUGUAUCGAUGUUGUGUGAAGGCGGUCGUCCGUUGUGUUCUUCGUGCAUUUCGUUCUUCGAUUGGAGGAAGUUGAUUGAAUAAUUGCAUUUUUCGUUUGUCAGUCGUGCGGGGGUUUCAACGAAUUGGUGCAACGCACUGUUUGUGUGAAAAAAAGAGCUGCAACGGUGAUUCACAACUAGUUUGGAUUACAGAAUAUUCUGCGGAAGAUUUGUGGCUAUAGAUAUAAGCAACGCCUAUCUAUCAGAGGAUACAAAGCAGCUAGAAGUCAAGAAGUGAAGUGGUUUGUGUGAUCUGGUGCAAGCGAUCAUUUGAUCGUACAGGUGAGCUGCAGUGUUGCCGACUUGGUUGUGGUGGUGAAGGAGUUCCGUGCGAGAGUGAACAUGAAGAUCAGCUCCAAGUGGUUUAGUGGUAGCGGCGGUGGUGGAGACAAGAUCGGCUCCACCACUACAGCGGUUGCGUUGCUGUUGAUGGUGCUAAUGACGAUGAUGACUCCGAUGGUUGCAUCUAGAACGCCGAUUGCGAUGACGCUGGAGGAACACAUAAGCAACGAUCCCGAUUUGUCACAGUUUUUCGAUUUGAUUGAACGGAAUCCGAUAGCGUCAUCGAAUCUGAAGCUUCGAGCAUUAACCAUUUUUGCUCCAACGAAUCAAGCGUUCCAGCGCUAUCUGGGCAACAAAACGCUGGUGCAGUAUCACAUGUCUAAUGUCGCUACUUCACUGGAACAGCUGGGCCCAAUAAUAACGUCGGAUUACGAUGGGAAUCCACCCAUUUAUGUGACCCGGAAGCGCCAACCCAACGGAAGCGAGGACAUCUAUGUCAACAAUGCCAAAAUUAUCCGCAGCCGGUCCAACGUGCAGCUGGCGAAUCAGUACGGGAAGAAACAGGUGCUGCACAUAAUUGAUGACGUAUUAACACCCUUGACUGCCAAUCCAUCAACCUCGUUCGAGAUAUACAAUCCGGACGCCUAUCAAUUCAUCCUGCAUGCCGAAAAUAUGGACAUCAGUCAGCAUCGAAUUCGCUCGUUCCGGCACAAAAUGACGAUGGCCAAAAAAGAGGACAUUUACCGUGCGGUCGGCGGUCAUACCUUUCUCAUUCCGGUCGAGGAAGGUUUCAAGCCCCCACCACGACCGGAUAUGAUUGACCGGAAAGUGAUCGAUGGUCACGUCAUUCCGAAUCGUGUCAUAUUCACGGCACCAGCACCAUUGGACGAUCCCCUAGAAACACUCGCGUUUGAAGAUAACCUCAAAGUGACCGUUACGUUCUUCAAACAAGGCGAGGGCAAGAACGCUAAAGUCUAUGUUCGCUCCAAUACGGUGAUCGGGGACUCCAAGCAUGCGUCCGGUGCUGUCCUGGCUGAAAUAGUCAAAGCGAACAUUCCCGUUCGGAACGGAGUGGUGCACCUGAUACAUCGUCCUCUGAUGGUCGUGGAUACAACGGUGCUGCAGUUCCUGGAGGAGAAAGAGGAUGGACCAUUGUUCAAGUUCUACGAGUUGAUUGCCGACUACGCACCGGAUUUCUUCAAAACAAUGAGCAACCUGCAGCAGAUGACACUCUUUGCCCCCAGCAAUGAGGCCCUGAGUCAUCCGAUCGUGAACAAUUUUAUCAGAAACUGCUCAAACAUAACUAAAGGUCUUGAUGGGAAUGACCAUCCGUGUGGAAGCCGUGAAAAGCUACGGGAAAUUCUCAACCUGCAUCUGGUGCGCGACAGUAUCACGACCGACAAAAUCCGGAAGAACAAUCAAAACCAGAUUUACCAGGUCCCAACCGGUGCCGACAAAAAGUUCCUGUACUUCAACAUCAUCACCAACCGAUACGAUCACAACCAGACAAUCACGGUGGAGGGAGGCGGCGUCAAUGCAACAAUCAUUUUGAGUGACAUUGCAGCGACCAAUGGGUAUCUGCACAUCAUCGACCGCGUGCUGGGAAUUCCAUACAUGACCGUCCAGGAGAAGAUUGAAACCGAUCCCAUGUUGAACCUAACGUACCAGUUCGGUCGGCUGAACCAUUUCAACGAGCAACUGAACAAAACCACCAAACGAUUCACCUACUUCAUACCACGGGACAAAGCGUGGAUGCAGUGGUUCCACGAUCAUCAGGGUGCAAACUUGAAUGACUUCAUUUUCGACAAGGAUCAGUCGAGAUCCGUCCUGGAACGUCACCUGGUGGUGGCCGAUCGGGUGUUCACCAUGAUGGACCUGAAAAACAUGUCUAACGACUCGCUCAUCCUGCCAACGGUCGGACCGCACAAUCUACAGAUCCGAGUAAAAGAAGAAGACCGGACCGAAGAUGAUUAUUCGAGUUCACUUCAGUCUGGAUUCUUCAUCCAAUGGCGGGAAACGAACAAGUGGAUUCCCGUUUUUCGGCCCGAUGUCGAAUGCACGAACGGUGUGAUCCACGUCAUCGAUGCCCCGCUAGUGCGGGAUCACGACAUCACGACCAGUGGAAGCAGCAGCAACAGCAUAGGUAGCUAUCUGACAACGGUGGUCAUCACAUUGGCAAACACGGUUCUACUGAUGACUUUGGCUUCCCUCUAAGGACCUGUCCACCAGCCCGGUAGAUAGGAGCUUCUCUACUUAGAUAUUUCAAAGAUCGUACCGAAAAACAAAAGACAGCAUCGUGUCACCAACUAGCUGCCACAAACGGACAGAGCAAAGUCAAACAUUAGAAUUAGUGGAAUAUUUUUGUUCAUUUCGUCACAUGGUCGGACAUGGAACAAAGCCACGACGACGGUGAACAAGGAUGCAGCAAAGCAGAAAGAACGUGUUGCAAACCAACAUUAGAUGAUGAUGGAUUAUUUUCUAGCUAGUCACAUCUAUUCGAAGAAAAUCUUGACUGGAAAUAUUUUCUUUCCAUACUUAACACACAGUAUGAAACUAUGUACACCAAAAGCUCUAACUAAGAAGACACAGUGGACCAAAUAGGAACAGUUUAAACCAGAUACUUCAUGCUUCCAGAAAUAUUCUCAAGUCCAUAUCUACAAGAACAGUUACGGGGAGUUACAGGUACGUGUAGUUCAUAUGGAUGAGCCCAAAACAUACUUUCACAUAUUUGACACCUUCGAAACUUCCGUUUCGUCCACUGUGCUUCGCCGAAAUGGAUAGAAAAAUAUUUUCCCUCUUGGCGGGAUUAUUUUUUGCUGUCGGCAUUCCUACGUAUCUCUCUGGUAGCAGCAGCCCCCAGCCGCAGCAUCAGAACGACUUUUAUCCGAAUGCUGCCGGCAAAGUUGUAUUUUCAACCAAGAGCGAGUGGAUUAUGCUCUUCUACUUGGUUGGUCGUAUUUUCGGAAUGACCCAUUGUUCGUGUGUUUCAUUCUCAUCACUCCCCGGGAAAGCAGCUCUUAAAUAUUUCCUUCAUAAUUAAACUCGACAGCUAUGCAAUCUCAUUAGGCUUUAUCAAUGACCUGCUUUAUGAAUGAGUAGAUUUUAUAACAAAAAAAUCAAGUAUUUGAUAAACGUAUUUAUUUCAAACUUGAAGCGACGGAUCUAUCGAUUUUUUUAUUAAUAUAAUUUUGCAUAUAGUCAACAAUUUCAUCAUAGAAAAUUAAAAUAAAACAAACUACUGCCGUUUAUAUGGAACUCAAUCAGACGAACUAUGGAUGAAACAGGAUUUUAAGUACGAUAGUUCUUGUAAACUAGAAACAGAUAAUAAGCAAACAAAAUCAAUGAUCAUGCUAUCUACAUGCAUCGAUGUGAUCAUCAGAGGACUUUUAAGCGCUACUGACACGCCAAUGACUAGGUUGAACAAAAUAUUUCAAUUGGAAGUCCAUUUUAUUGUGUAAAAAGACACAUAUAGGUACUGAAUGUUUUUCAAUUUCUUCAUCGAUUUGUUUUAUAGUCAACGACAAUAUAUACAUUGCUAACAUUGACGACACAUCUUAAAUGCAAAUCAUUUGUUUGAGAUCUAAUAUUUAAAACUUAUUUUGUAAUGAUGAAAAUUAAUAAUAAUGUCGAAAAUUAUGAUUGGUUAUUGAAACAUCAUUCAUUUUUAGAUUAUUAUCUGGCAUCUCAUUUUCGAUAUUACAAAUUUCUUGACUAUCUAAGAAGCUUUUAGUUCAAAAUGUUGUCAAAAAUUGUUAAUUAUAACUUUCGUACAAUCCAAUGAAAAUUAAAAGUUUAUACCAAACGUAUCAAACUUCUAAAUCUACUGCAUCAAGUCUCCACUUAUUUCAGCUUGUAGAACAUUUGACUUAAUCACACAAACACAUUCUGCAAAUGUAGAAAACCAAACAACAAUCGUUGAGUCGCUUAUGUCAUUACAGCAAAAAAUACCGCUUUUUAUUUACAAUAAGGCAGAGAAACAUUAGAAACAAUAAUAAUAACUGAUAUUAUCGAGCUAUGGAUAAGUAUGAGUGAGCAAAUGAAUGGCAAAUACUUCUCAUUGGAUUAUUUUUCAACUCUUUUAUUGUUACUUUCAGAAAAAAUAUGUAUUUUCUUAACAAUAAAAAAUCGUAUUUUAUUUCUCUCAAAAUUAAAAGUUCAAACUAAUAAUUCCUAAUUAUUUGAUACUAACCUCAAUCAGUUGGUGUGCCUUAUUGGAGUCAAACAAACGUAAGCAUGAAACUUAGAAUCAAAUUCCUUCGAAUCAAUCAUAAACAAAAAAAAGCUGCCAUUCAUUUGCUAGAGAACCCACUGUUUGAUUAGCGAUAAUUGUUGGAAGAAAGGAAAAAAAAACGUUGAUGUAAGUACGGAGCAAAAUUGAUGUGACAAAUUAUUUGUAACCAGAAUUUAAGUACACUCAUUGCCUUUUCAUAUGAAGAUAUUUAAAAAUUCAAAGACAAAAAACUAAGUGACAUUAUUUAUAAGCUAUUAUCGUGGAAUCGUAAAGUUUAGACAUCGUAUAUUUUGAAAUUAAAUAUAAAUAUUUAUGCCGUAGCAUCCCCUUAAGUGCUGUCAAUCUUUCCCUCUAAUUGAUAUUUACUAGAUAUUUUUUUAUUAAAAGUGCUGAAUAUGUGUAACCGUUUGUGCUAGUUUAUGUGAAACAUCAACAUUUCUUAUUGUGGUCAGGAAAGUAAUAUUUUGAAUAGAAAUAUAUUUUAUUCGGUGAUAAUGCUGUAUUGAGUGUAUAUUGUAGCCAACUACUUACGGAUAGUGCUGUCAUUCUGUUUCGCUAUUUUUACACCAAAAACUGCUGAUACAAACAAAUCAUCGGAUCGUUCAAAGCGACAUAUAAGAUCUGUAUUCUCUCCGCUCUCCAUUUACCAUUACAUUGUCAGUUUUAGAAAACUCAUCAAAAACAUUCUAGCCAGUAUUCAUCAUAGGACGAUUGCGGUACCGGACAAUGUAUAAAUUUCUCGAGCAGAUCAUCCACUUUAUAGUUCAAAUAGUGGCAUUACACGUUUUAGAUAAAUAAAAAAAAACAUUUAGAAAUGAUAACCUAACAAAAUUGAUUGUUAAUCCCCCAACUCGAUGAAAAAGAACAAUAGGAGCUAAUAUACAAGUACAUUUAGAGCAGAACGAAUAAAACUGGAAUUGCAUCAACUACUAUAAUAGUGACAAUGUGGAGAGUACAGGAGUAUGAUUGUAAAUGUAAAAUAUAAGUCUUUAAGUCCUGACUGCGGGAGCAUCGGAAUAGUAAAUCAGCCGUACAACUAUGUAAGGAUGUGUGUUGAGAGCCAGAUGCGUUUCCUAGCAGGAAAUAUUCGGAAAUAUUCCUCUAGGACGAUUCGAAUCAAAUGACGCGAUAAUAAACUAUUCAUACAAGCUAAGAUUGAUAUAUGAAACCAAA